CACUGUUCAUAAAUAAAUAAAUAAAUCCCACCUCGUCUUCUCUCUCACUCUGAAUUUUCUCUGUAACCGAUUCUCCCUCUCUCUCUCUGAAUAAAUUAAUGCAUUAAAUGCGAAGAAGUUUGCUUCAUAGUAGUUGCAGAGAAGGGGAACUGUUUGAUGUGUGUAUUGACUUUCGAGUUCCAGUAACUGUGGCAAAGACGGUUUAUGAGCAUCUAUUCAUAAAUAAUGUUUCGUGUUUAGUGUAAUAAUAAAAGUUCUUUUGAAGAAUGGCGAUCGCGGGGUUGCAUAAUAUAUCUUCUUUCGGUCCUUCUUUGUUUGGAGAAUCUCAAUCUCCAGUUUCGAGGCAGUGGGGUGACGAAGCAAGUAGACCAAACUCACAGCCGCCCUCUCUCUUGCAAGUGUGGCGUGAGAUCGAGGGUGACAAUGUUUCUCAUAGAUCAAGAAAUGGCUCUGAUUCUCAAGGCUUAAGUAUUUCCAUGUCGUUAGGACAAAGGAGUGAUAAUGAGCAUUAUGCGCCUGGAAAUGCCGAUGAAACUGGUUCAGAAAUGGAUUAUUCGGAUAACAACAGUAUCAUGUCCGAACAAUCAUCCAGCGAUUUGGGAGAAAUCGAACGGGAAAGAGUUAGGCAAAUUUUCCGAGAAUGGAACAUCAACAGCGAUGCGAAAGGUCAUUUUCCCUCUAAUCAUAAUCGGAUCAUUCCAAACAACCGCGAAGGCCCGCAAAUCAAACGGGCCUGUGACGAUGGGCCCGUUAUCGCUCAUUCUGAUAUUGGUUUACGAAGAAGGCCCAUUAGAAGAUUGUGUGGUCGACAGUCACUUCUUGAUCUUCUCAUGAAGUUUCAGUGUGAGAGGAAUGGAGAAAUUCAAUGUUUGUUGGAGCAGAGGCCUGUGUCGGAUUUUGCCCAUCGGAAUCGCAUUCAGGCAUUGUUAAGAGGCAGGUUUUUGAGAAACGAAAGAGUGAUGCCGGAGAAGGGACCAUCUUCUGUGGCUUCAACGGAACUAGGUUUACUAAGGCGAAGGCAUACAGUUUCUGGCCUCAGGGAAGGAUUCCUCUCGAAAUUGGAUAACUCUGCUUCCACUUCAGCCAACACUGCCGAAUCCGACUCCUCAGUUGUUGAUGUAAGCAACGGUGAAUUAGAUUAUACGUGCAAUGAAAUAGAGACAGCUGGGAUUCUGACAUCAUCGGACUUGGAAAAUGAUGUAAUACAAGUCACUCAAGUGGAUGAUCCAGUUUCUCACGAGGAAAACGAGCAACAAGUGUCUCUUGAUAAUGAUGACAAUGGGCAAGAUGUCUCUCUUGAUGUUGGAAUUGCUCAAAACAGAGACGAGCGAGUUUCGGACAGUGAGCUAACCCAGCAAGAGUCAUCAUCCACACAUGUUGAAGAUGAGAUAAUAAAUGCCGUUAUUACCAGUGAAUCGACAACAUUAGAAACUGAGGAUACUGAUGAAGUAAUUUCAGUUCAUAUUGCUGACGUGGACCGGAACAUAGACGAACGAUUUGAUCGUCAAGUCGACUCAGCACAAGUGGACGAGUUCCAACAAAACUCAGUUAAUGAUAUUGAAGAAUCACAACAUGACGAUUUGCAAGAGGCUAUUAAUAGUUGGCUAGAGUUGCCUUCUGGAGAAGCUGGUGCAUCAUCAAUCACGGGUCCCGCAUUUUAUUUCCCAGAUGAAGAUGGUGCUCACGGUUCUGAAAUUAGGGAGCUUUUCAGCAGGGGACGUGUGUCGAGUCUUCUUCGAAGUGGUUUCCGUGAAAGUCUAGACCAGGUGCUGCAAUCUCGUGUGGAAAGGCAAGGUCGUGCUUCUGGUGACACGUCAUCUUCUCAUGAUAGCUUAGUUGAGCAAGACCAAGGGCAAAAUGGUCAUUCAUUUGCUCCUACUUCUAACAUUGUCGGUGGGUCCCACCCAUUUUGGGAUGAGUAUGAGGGUGCAAAUUUGCCACGCAUCUCCUCUAACCAGCAGUUGGGAAUGGAAUGGGAGGUAGUGAAUCAAUUGAGACUUGACAUGGCUAGGCUCCAACAGAGGAUGGACAAUAUGCAAUCUAUACUCGAACAAUGCAUCGACAUGCAAAUAGAGCUGCAGCGAUCGGUUCAGCAAGAAGUUUCUGCAGCUCUAAACCGCCCAAUUUCAACAAUAGAUGCUUCAGACAAUACGCCCUUCGAUGAAUCUAAAUGGGAUUAUGUAAGAAGAGGAAUUUGCUGCCUAUGUUGCCAUGACAACAUCGAUUCUUUGUUGUACAGAUGUGGACACAUGUGCGCAUGUUCCAAGUGUGCGGAAAAAUUGGUCGAGGGUGCAGGGAAGUGUCCGAUGUGCCAUGCCCCAGUAGUUGAGGUCGUCCGAGCUUAUUUUAUCCAGUAAAAAAGAACGAAGAACAAAUAAAGAAAGCAUAUAUAGUAAAUAACAAAGUUUUUUUUUCCAUGGAGUUCGUUCCAGCCAGCGACUCUGAUUUAACAACGUCGAAAUCGGAUUAAAUUCCGUUUGCGAAUUUUGCGUAUUUUCUCAACGCCGGAGAAAGAAAGGGUUUACCAAAUUAAUGAUGUAUCUGACUGGGAAAGUCGUUGAUUAUUAGUGAUGGCUUUUUGUUGUGAAUAAAAAGGAGUUCUUGAAAUAGAAAAAAUAUAAAUAUAUAUAAUAUAUAUAAUUAAAUUGACAUGGCUUGAUGAAGAUGAAGCUUCUGAUUGGUUCUUUCUUUUUGUGUGUAAAUUGUACAAUUACAAAGAUUGAUUCAUGAUAAACUAUUCAUUAUAUUUAAUGAUAUUUAUACAUAUAUUUCUUUAUCUCAUAAA